AAUGAGUAGGCCAGCAUCUUGCAAAAGUAGAAAGAGUGAAGUAGAUGAAUCACUUUUUGGUAUAAAAUUGAUCCAUAUUACCUAAUAGGAAGUAAUAAAAGAAAUGAUGUUAAAACUGCUAAAGUAGUUUAGAGCGUAAGGAAGGGAGACAUAUCAAAUCCAGAUGUUGUUUUAAUAGGAGAAGCAGAAUUAUAAAGAAUGAAAGUUUGUUUCAUUUUAAACUUUAGAAUAAUGCUAUUGUGAAAACUAAAGAGGAACAAUUAUAUUAGAAGAAACUAUUGGAGGAACAGAAGGAAAAACAAAUGACAGCAGCUAAGGCUAAGAAACAGAAAAUGAUAUAAUUGGAAGAAGAAAAAAAGAAACAAAUUCCUUUAACAGCAUAAUAAUAAGAAGAUAAAGUAGUUAAAGAUAGUCUUAAUGCAAGAGUAUCAAAUUAUAUUUGAAUUUAGGCUGCAGAGAUUUUGAAUGAAUAAUUAGAUGAUGUUAAAGAGAUGAAUAAGAUGGUUAUGUAUGCUAAAUGUGUUACAAUCAGAGAUAAAUAAUUAUAAGAAAAACAAUAAUUGAAAGAAGAAUUUAAAAUUUAAGAGAAAAGAAAAGAUCUUAUGAUGGAAAUUGAAAGACUUUAAUCUAUUAAAUAUUAUGAAGAAAAAGAUGUUUAACAUAAAUAAGAAUUGAAAUAAGGUCAUGGCAUUAUUGUAGAAUAAAUUAAAGAAAGAGAAUUGAUUAGACUUAAAGAAAAAGAAGAAUAGGAAAGAGAAGGUUAAGUUAUGAUUAAAUAAAUUAAAUAAGUUUAAAUUGAAGAUCAAUAAAAAAAUCAAUAAAGAAAGCAUAUGUAGAAGAAAUUACAAGAUGAAAUUUUAGAAGCUAAUUAAAAAGCCAUUGUUGUUAAAGAAAAGAGAAGAUUAGAAGAAAAGGAAGAAGAAGAGAAGAUUGCUAAAUAUAAUCUAGAAAAGGCAUAGAAAGAAGCUGAAAUAAUAGAGGAAUAGAGAAGAAUUAAAGAAGAAAGAGAGAGAGAUGUUUAAAGAUUAAGAGAAAUGCAAGAAAAAGCUUCAGAUAGAUAAGCUGAAUUAGAUUUAUUAAGAGCCAAACGAGCUAUGGAAUAAAAUGAAAGAGCUGCUAGAGAAAAAGAAAGAAGAGAAGCAGAACUAAGAUAAAAAUUAAAUUCAGAAUUAUAUUAAGCAAGAAAAGUUCAGUAAAAUGAAAAAUAAGAUAAAUUAGAAGAAUAAGUAUUUUAAUUUAUAAUUGAAUCAAGGCUAGACUAGAAAGAGAUGAAUUCUAAAGGGUUAUUUAAAAAUAAAAGCAAGAGCGUGAAAAUGAAUUAAGAUUAUAAUAAGAAAAAGAAUAAAUGGUCAAAAAACAUGCUGAAGAAUUGAGAAAAUAGAUAUCAAUGAAUGAAGAGAAAAGAAAAUAAGAAGAAAGAGAUAAGUAUACAUUUAAUAUUAUUUUUAAAGGCUUGAAGAAGGUAAAAAGAUUAGAGAUAAAAUGAUAAAUGAAAAGAAAUUAUUAGAAAAUAUUAAGGAUUAAAAAUUGAAAGGACUUAAUGAUAAUACAAUACCUGAUAAAUAUAAGGCUGAAUUAGCAAAAAAGAAAAUCAAUAUCCAAAUAUGAUU